GUUCGUACAACUAUUGUUACUCUUGCACCGGAUAAACUAAGUCGACUAUAGGUGUCCUCCACGGCCAGUUUUCAUUAGUAAGAUAAUCAUGAAGUUGAAAUUGAUUUUGUUGGUACUGCACAUUGACUUUAUUCUGGGGACUAUCGAUGAGAAUAGUACGUACUGGACUGGUAAGCUACAGAGGUGUGGACCUAAACUCGCGGCAGAACUUGCAAUAAUCUGUAGAGGCAUCUACAAUGAAGCUACAAAUAGUAACCCCCCUACUCCCCAAACUAAUUCCAAUCCCAUAAUUAAAAGAGGUGUCGCUGAUGAUUGUUGUUUAGCAAUGUGCACGAGGAGAUAUAUUAAAAAUAAUUAUUGUGGGCCCGAACCGGAAUUGUAUGUUUCUUCAGCACAAGAAUUGCGAGAGAUGGUCUAUGUUAAUUACAAUUAUUAUUAUCACGAUCUAUAUUGGAUUGUAUUAGAAACUCCACCACCGGAGGAGUAGUCUGUACGCCAACAAUAUGUCAACAUGGUACUGC